AUGGAUGAGGUGAGAGAAUUUGAGCGGGCAAUCCAGGAGGCCACCAACCAGAAGAUUGGCGUUUUUCCCCCGUCCAUCUCCAUCAGCGAGACGCCGUUGUCCUCCUGUGCCCUCACCGGCCCCGCCAGCGCCCCCACCACCCCUUUGUGCACAGAUGCGCCCGAUUCCCUCUCCCUCCCCAAGGACCGGCCCCGUAAGAAGUCCGCCCCGGAAACCCUGACUCUCCCGGAUACGCCUCCAAGUGAUUACCACGUGGGGCAGCUGUACAUGAUCAGCAAGCACAGCCAUGAGCAGAGCGAUAAAGGGGAAGGUGUGGAGGUGGUCCAGAAUGAACCCUAUGAAGACCCCACUCACGGCAAGGGACAGUUCACAGAGAAACGCCUCUUCCUCAACAGUAAACUUCCUAGCUGGGCUCGAGCUGUGGUUCCUAAAAUCUUUUAUGUCACCGAGAAGGCGUGGAACUAUUACCCUUACACCAUCACAGAAUAUACUUGCUCCUUCCUUCCAAAGUUCUUCAUUCACAUAGUGACCAAAUACGAGGACAACAAAGGCUCCAAUGAUAAUAUAUUUCAGUCCGAGCUGCAGGACCAGGAGAGGGACGUGUGUUUUGUCGACAUUGCCUACGACGAACUCCCUGAACGCUAUUACAAAGAGUCAGAGGACUUGCGAUACUUCAGGUCAGAGAAGACUUCGCGAGGCCCGCUUAAGGAGGGCUGGACGGACACGGAAAAUCCCAUCAUGUGCUCGUACAAACUGGUCACGGUCAAGUUUGAGGUGUGGGGUCUGCAGACGCGUGUGGAGCAGUUUGUGCAUAAGGUGAUUCGGGACAUCUUGCUGCUUGGACACAGGCAGGCUUUCGCUUGGGUGGAUGAAUGGAUUGACAUGACUAUGGACGAGGUGAGAGAAUUUGAGCGGGCAAUCCAGGAGGCCACCAACCAGAAGAUUGGCGUUUUUCCCCCGUCCAUCUCCAUCAGCGAGACGCCGUUGUCCUCCUGUGCCCUCACCGGCCCCGCCAGCGCCCCCACCACCCCUUUGUGCACAGAUGCGCCCGAUUCCCUCUCCCUCCCCAAGGACCGGCCCCGUAAGAAGUCCGCCCCGGAAACCCUGACUCUCCCGGAUACGCCUCCAAGUGAUGUACAGCAGGGAUCUACUCCAAGGCCACUACCUUCUUCAAAUGACCUCCGGUCCUCCACGCCACCUUCCUCCAAUCCUGAUCUUGUUGGAAUGGGGGACCAGUAAACCGACCUUGGAAUGUCUUCCCGUUGAGUUAAGUCUACCCGCCAAAGACUGGUGCCUGAAUACAGCCAUCCCUAACUAAAGAUAGCCAAGUCAUGAUUAUACACACCUAAAAGCGAGUUUAUUGUAUUUUUUUUUUUGGUUUUUCAAAAAGUCUCACAUUCCCAUUUAUACAGAGCUGCUAACAGUCUAAUUUGUUAUGUUAGGCCAGUACCAUGCACUGCUUGUCCAGUCUUACUCAAAAGCUGAUUUUUGAAUCUUCCACUCAGCUUGUGCAGGAUUUGGGUCGACGGUGUGAGUUCUGGAUGAGUGGGUCCCCGCUGAUCACAGCAAAUUAGUGAAAGACUCGUUAUCAAGCACAUUGGCAGCAACAGGCCUGUGUUCUGCACAAUCAUGAAGUUUUACAGUGUUGACAAUGUGAAUGAUCGACCUCUUUUCACUUAGACAAACCGUCCUAUAAAGACAGGGGUCUCCAAUUAAAGAACUGUACAUCAGCCUACGUUUUGGUAAUACAACACACUAAAACCAACUGGACAUAACCUACGCUAAAUUAUUUAAGUUCCGUAUUGAGCUGAGUACAAGUGUUUCUUUAGGACCUGUUUUUUGGGAAACAAUAUUUCAAAGUACGACUAAAAACGAUCCAAGUCAUGUUGAAUAACUGGUAGAUGCAGUUUGAUGGGUUGAUCACCAUGAUCUUAAAGUUGGCGUCCUACACAAACUCCUGUGUUUGCUAACAUGCUGCUGUGAAGAAAAGAUCUGACUGGCUUUCAGGGAAGUCCUUUGGCACCACCUUCUGGUUUGCACGUACAAAUCCAGACUCUGAAAAUCAGCUCCCAUGGACUAUAUCCACGGGAAAAGUGUUUUAGUCAAGGUAAAAACACCCUUAAGCUUUGUAUUAUAGAUGACCAAAUACAUUUUUGUUUAGUAAUACUUUUAGAAUAAACAUCAGGCCGUUAAACACACACUUGGACACCCCUGUCUUUGAACAAUUUCCUGAUCUCUAUGCCCUUCCACUUCAGAGACCUUGAACCUAUUUUUCUUGCACGGAAUCCCCUAGUCCUCAUGCGGGACUAGGGGAUAUCUUUUAAGCAGUCAAACCGAGAAGAAUACGCCUACUCACCACCGAGCCACAAGGUCAUUCCAUUGCUGGUCGUCACGUUUGUAACCACGACACAAAGUACGGACACAUCAGGACGGCUGCUAAUAACAGUUGGCGUCAUUUCACUGAAAAGACUUUUGGACUACAGGAUCAGUACAAUCAGUGUUCACGCCUCAGGUCUCCCUGCUUGUUUAUACUACAACCCAGUCUGCAAACUCACAAUGUUUACAACAAUCAGAAACUGUUUGCCUUUGCAUAGUCAAGCCAUGGAGUGCACAUGCGGUCUUGAAUACCUUUUUUUUUUUUUGGGGAAGUCAUGAUCACAAAAAUACUGAAGUGUCCUCUAUGCUGGGAUGUCUGGCGGCGUACAGUGCCGUGCAAAAGUCUUAGGCCCACAUUAGAUUCCAUCUUCAUACUUUUAAAAGCGAGUUUGUUGGCUGGAAAUGACAAACAUAUUGGGAGAUUGUCAACACAGAAGAUGUAUGAAACAAGUAAAUAUUUAGUCCACUCUACAAAGGCUGAAUGCUUAAUUGGAAACGGACAAUCAUUCCCCUUAUUCUGGUAAAUAGCUCCUUUCGUUGAUUCCAUAAUCACUGAAAUGGUUCAAAUGCAUUCCUCUAUCUGCACCUUUUUGAUCCAGAUCCUCCAUAUACCGAAUAAUAAUGCUUUGAGUCUAAUUGACUGGCCUGGACUUUUGCAAAGUACUGUAAAUGUGAUUCAACUCUCUAUCCACUCAAUCACUUUAGUGCCAUUGUGGGAAGGAAAUGCUAUGUUCUGGGUACUUUUUUUUAAUUUAUUCAAAGUUUUCCCCCAACAUUGUAACAUAUCGAGGUGUAAAGUGGAGGCUGACUUGUGCUGUUUUGCCUGCAGAGGAUGGCUUCUGUUAAUCACUGCUUUGGUGCUUGGUGAGGAUUGACCUACCAACUAGAACUUUUCAAACCGUUUCCUGUCGCCAUCCGAAGCCCCCUUGCGGUCAGUAUUACAAAAAAAUAUCAUUUUACCUUCUUUUCACACGGGGCAAUGACUAUUCAGUGAUCAAACGGCAGAAUUUCAAGUGCUUCUUCUAUAUGCUGCAUGGAAUGUCUCCUCUAUACCUUGCGUAUAUUCCAAGAAGGAUAUUUGUAUAUGGAUUUAUUAAUGAUGCACCUGUAUGGGGUGAAGAAGUGAAUGCCUCAAUGCUACUCAUUUUAUAUUUUGAGCAUGCCAAGAGAAUAUGAACUGCAUGCCACGGUUACAUUCUCACCCAGUAAUCCCAAAUAUAGGUGCUUUUUCAUCUGGUUUUUGCCAAGAGUGCAAUUCGGGAACGUUUAGUAGGAUAACAUGCAGAAAUGACGCACAUGUGAAAGUUUAUUUUGAUAACACUAAUGACGCGGCGAUAGAUUUUGCGUAUUUUUUUUCUUAAGCCGGUCUAUUUGCCGCAACAUUCCACGGUAGUGACGGCGAGUUGUUCGCGUGUGUAAAUCUCCCAACCCCAAACAUAAGAUCUUUUUUUCCAGAAAGGGACGUAUGCGUGUGUGGUUUUUCUUGUUGCGUGCGCCUUACUUUUUGUAUGAAAUCCUACUAAAUUGUGAUAAUACACGCAAAUGGGCUAUUGCAUUACAUGGCAUGCAUAAGUUUACUUUUCUCACUUUGAGUUACCGUGCAUUUGUGCAAUGGUUAGGAUUUAGCUGGAAAUGGCAAAACAAAUUUGAGAAGACAGUCUUUUGCACUUAGGCCUUAAAAUGAACUGCAUUUGAUGUUGUUUUGCCAAUUCCUCCUAAAAGAUACCACUGACACUGCUCUUCUUUUGCCUUGCUUUGUAAGAUUUUGCGUUUAAUUGUGAUUACAUUCCCGGAAAAGAAGCUAUUUCCCUUCCCCCUUGCUUCGAAAUCGCCAUCUCGAGUGCAAAUGUGUACGAUUUGUUCUGUUGCGGUCUAACGCGACACGGUGACUGCAACGUCUUACUUGCCAUAAACGCUGUUUAAUAUUCUGUACAGUUUUUGUUGAAAGAGUUGUUGGUAGUUAUCAGUAACUCUCGCUUUUUUUUUUUUUCGUAAACCUUUUUUGAAUCGGCCAUCAUUGUUGGAUAUAAUGGAGUGUAUGUGCGUCGUCAGGGAUAUAUUUGCUACGUCACGGGCUGUUCCGGUUUAAACUAGCUACCUUUUUUCAGUUGUAUGCUCUGUUUAAAAGAGUAUUGUAAAUAUUGUUAUGGAUUGAUAGUUUUUUUUUUUGUUGUUUUUCAUUGGAUCUGUUUAAGUGGAUGGCAGCUUCAUGAACGUGUGAAUCUACGAAGGAAUUUGUCAGUGGUUUCUCGCAGUAAUAAUGGUGGACUUCUAACACUGUUUUCUAUUUUUCGUAUUGUUUGUAACACCUUUUUUUGAGUGAAGUGGCGGAUUUGUUGGAUUCGGAUUUUCUUUUUUUUUUUUCCUGGAGUAAUCCUGCUGUAACUUGAGGGAUAAAAUCCUUUUUAAUUGAAGGACCAAGCCUUUUUUUUUUGUUUGUUUUUUCUGUUGCACUUUGAAUCCGAUCUUUAACCUGACGUUACCCCGGGGUCUGUGUCACAAGCAAGAAGCUGUAAUUAUUGAGCUACUUCCUGUACUUUUGUCCACUUGUGCUUUGUGUAAUGGGCCCCAAAAAGUGUUCAUUGGAGAGUUGAUUCAUCGGCUUCUUUGGUAAUGUAAUUGUUUCACUAUUAUGAGCUAGAUAAAGGAAAUAAAAAAAUCCAUGCAUCAUUA